GCCUAUCGCUGUGUUCGAUAUAUUUGCUUGCUUGCAAUCCGCGCCAUUUUGGCAUCAUUUUGCUUGCGAUUUUGUUUAAAACAAAUAGCAAUGGAUUUCAAUCAGAGCGCCUACAACUUGGAGUUUUUCAAUUUCACGCCGGAACAAAUCUCCGCCGAACGUGACAAUCUGGUGCAAACUCUCAUCGGCCGAGCGGUUGAGACAACAAUUCAGAAAAUUGAAACGCCCGCCACAUCCGCGUUGUUGAAUCAGAAAAAGGACGCCGUCAUUAACCUCAUGUUUGAGGCGUGCCAGGCGAGACUGGAUGGCCUCCGCGAGCUGGACAAAAGGAACUUUGAGGUGCCGCCGCAUGUGCUGCAGAUUAAGGACUUUGAGCUGGAGCAGCAGUUCUCCAGCGAGGAGGAGGAAGCAAAGACAGCCAAAGUGGAAGAGCUGAAGCUGCGCUACCGGCAGAACAUGGCCAUGCUGGCCGAGCUGGAGGCGGAGCAGGAAAAGUACACAGCCAUUUUGCCGCUCGUGCAAAGAGAGCUGGAAAUGCAUCAGCAGAUUUACGCAGCCUGCGCCAACUGUGACAUUAAAAAGAUGCACACUCUUGCAACGCUCAUGGCAAAGGAUCAGAAACUGUUGUAGGUCUAGGUAAAUCUAGUUAUUCUUUAAGUAAUAUCAAAUGUAUUCAAUCCAUAAGGCUAGCCAUAUAUACUAAAGGCUCUCUUGAGCGGACAGCCAGGUUUUCGCUGUAUUAGAAAAAAGUAUGUUAAUUAAUAAUAAAGCAAGUUUGUUAACCAAUUUAGGGCAAGAUAUGUGCAGUGAGAGCUCACGUAGGCGGAGAGCUGGGGUGUCUAAGAUAUUACAAAAAACGUGGAAAACGUUGUUAAUACAUGUUAUUAAGUAACAGGCAAACUCGUUAAUACAAAUGAUUAUGUAUUUAUUUAGUUUUUCUAAUGCUUACAUAUAUCUCUCUAUGUCAAUGAUAAAUGAACCGAGGUUUAUGAAAGCUUUUCCAUUUGGAUUCAAAGAACAUUGCAAUUAGUCAAGUUGUCCGUGUCCCUUUCACUUUUCAAUAUCAUUAUUAGCAAAUUUUAUUCAGAUUUAAAACAUUUUUGUCUUGAGAAGUUGUCUGCUUAAGCAAUGCAUUCACUGUACUUUAUAUUUAGAAUAAACUAUAUUUUCUCGAAAAAAUGCGUCACUCACGCGAAUUUAAGUACCCUCGCAGCGGCCAUUAUAUUUCUGAUAGGAAGCGUGUAGCGCAUUAGGGAACAUUUUAUAAGUAUUAAAAUUCGUGCCGAUGUAUAUGUCUAUUUAAAACUAUCUCUAAAAUCCUUUGCAUCUCUAUAUAAUGAUAUAUGUUAUCAUAGAAGCGAUGUGUCCUAAAUUAUGUUUUUGUACAAACAGCUUUAUGUAUCAUUAUAUAUAUUUUAGGAUAUCUUAAACAAACCUUGCAUUUAUUAGUUUAAUCAUGCUUCUAUGGGAAGAGAUGAUUGAACAAUGAAUACCGAAAUGAUUUAUUCAAGAUUGAGUUCCUGUUUAAAGAGCCGAUUUGUUUUUCACGAUAUCUUGAGCAAGCUUUCCACACACGGGGUUUACCAUAUAUCUAACAUAACAUAAGAAACAUCUUAUUUAUAUUGAACUAGUACAUUAUCUUAUCAAUAAUAUUGCUACUAUAUCAGACAAGUCUUUAAAGGGAAACGGUCUAAGAUUGAGUUCUCGAAUAAAAACUGUUUUACUUUGGAUAAAGGAAAAUCAAA